AUGAGUGUAUCGUUCGACUUCCAAGGCAAACGAGCUCUCGUCACAGGAGCUGGUCAAGGCAUCGGCCAAUGUCUUGCGAUAGCACUUGCACAUGCAGGUGCUGCUGUUGUGGCGCUGGAUAGAAAUGGAGCGCAACUGGAGCAAUUAUGUGAAGAGCACAGUCACAUUGCUGGUGUUGUCGCUGAUAUCACAUUAUCCGAACCACAACUGUCAUCCAUCCUGCAACCUUAUCAACCAUUCGAUUUCCUAGUGAAUAACGCGGGAAUAUCGGUCUUUGAGACAUGCUUGAGCCUCAAAGAGGAUUCCUUGAUUAGGCACAUUGACAUCAAUCUGAAGGCUCCAAUUCUGCUCUCUAAAAUUGUGGCGAACGAAAUGAUCCGACGUUCUAUUCGUGGAGCUAUUGUGAACGUUUCGUCCCAGUCUUCAAAACGACCUUCCAAACAUUUGGCAUACUGU